UAUACACGUACCCACCCAGCAAAGAAGCAGUGUAGAGUUGAGUGAGUUACAGGACAGGUCAUCGAAAACAGGAGAGUUAGUGAUAUUUGAUCGGACUGUGAACGGACGAAAAGGAAUGAGUCUUCGAGGGUCGAAUGCGACUUCGCAUAGAAAAUGAGAUCUUUGUAGCCGAGUGCUAUCGCUGUAAUUAUUUUGUCUGUAUGCUUCGAAUUCAGUUCUGUUUGAUGACAAGACCGGUGUACGUCAAAAGGUGCAGGCGUGUGGCGUGACGCUUUCCUCUACUGUGCUGCCAGCAAUAUGCCUUUUGGGGCCCUGAACCUAUCCGAUAACCAAGUAUUAUGAUCGGAGCGAAAGACUGUUUUUGUGGUUGACCUGACUCAUGAGCUGUUGCAGGAAGUCACUUCUCGCUCAGGCAUACGAUAGUCGCUGGACAGAGAGCGAACCUCUAUCGAACCGGACAUGACCACGGCCGCUACCGCGAAGGCUCGCUGGUCGUGCUGUUCAUGUCAGGGUGAAUUGGACGAAGCCAAGGUGUUGCCGUGUCUUCACUCCGUCUGCGCCACUUGCCUAGCACUGUCCAGGCAGAACGAUGGAUCGCUGUUCUGCGGCGAGUGCAAGACCUCUAUCAGUGCUGAGCAGCUGGACAGGCUGAAGUUCGACUACUUGGCCAGGGACCAGUUCGUCCUGCGACAGCUGGCUAGCAGUGAUGUGGAGAAGGCGUUUGCUUGCGAGGCGUGUGCAGGACCGGAAGUGGCCAGUGCCAAAUGCCUGGACUGCAAUCAGUUCCUGUGCGAGGUUCAUCAGCGCGCGCACGCAAGCAGCAAAGCAGCACAUUCGCACAAGAUAAUGACCGUCACCGACCUGCAUUCCAGUCUGCAAGCGGCGCUGGCGGGGGACGACGGCAGUGAUCACGGCGAAAACACGGACGACCUUUCUCAGCUCGCUCUCGUGCGAAGCGACACAUUACUGUGUGCCCAGCAUGAUGCAAUCGAGUUGUGGCUGUACUGCAAGAACUGCAGCGAGUUUGUGUGCAGGGACUGCAUCAAUGCCGAGCACAAGUCUCACGAACAUACUUUCCCCGAGGAUGUCCUCGACGAGGCGAUCGCCCUGCGGCAGGACAUUGGUGAUUGCGAGCAGGCGCUACCAAUGCUGGCUGAUCUGCAGGAUAUUGUCAACUCAUCGAUGCAAGUGCUGGUCUCCAAUGUCAACAGGAUAGCGCAGGAAAGCCUUGAGAAUGCAAUUGGAGACGCCACGCGGCUGGUGGAGUGCCGCGCUCGACAGUUGCACACGGAUCUCAUCGGCAUGUACGACAGUAAACUCAAGGCACUGGACAAGCAAGCCAACAAGCUUGCCUCCCUGAUCGAGCAGCUGGACUAUGCUGCCGAGUUCGUCAAGUCUGCCGUGCGCCACUGCACGCCAACGCAAUGCCUGGCCCUGAAGGGCACGGCGGACGCUCACAUGACCCGUCUUCUGGACGUGGCCAACCAUUUGUGGAAACCACCGGACAAAUAUGGGGAGUUGCGCAUAGAGUUUGGCUUGUUUGCUUUGCCAAUGGCCCAGAAGAUUGUGAAGCAGCUAGGAGAGGUGUCAUCUACAACAGAGUUUGAACCACAAUGGCUUAUUGUCAAGAGCACGUGCUACACGGUCGAGACGGUUACCGUUAAAGUUGUCCUGGACAACGAUACAGAGCAGAGCACUGCAGAUACCGACGCUGACGCCUCUGCUGUUUGCGAUGCGUGCUGCAUGGUCGUCGGGCCUGACAGUCGGCCACAGGACGUGAGACUUCUGGACAGGGCGGACGGCGCGGCGAGUGCCGCCGAGUUUGCCUUUGUGCCUGACUCGGGCCCAGGCGUAUACUAUGUAAGUGUGGUAGUUGCCGGUGAGCCGAUCCACCGGGCCACGGCUACAAUCACGGCACUGCUGGCACCAUGGACAUUCCGCUACCGAGCCAAGUCGUAUGUACUGCAGGAGGAAGGUAAUGACGACGCGGUCAAGAUCUCCAGCUGCGGCCGACAUAUCCACUGUGAAGAUGAAUCGCCACAACAAUGUGAUGACGACUGUGCUCCUCCACACCACAGCUUGCGGUCUUUGAGCUGCUGGCAUUUGACCAAGCCCUACAGAGUCAUCAUUGCGGACACCGAGAUCCAGAAAUCCGCCACUGAAGGUUGGAAAUGGCAGCUGAGAAUAGAGAGACAAAAGGCGUGUGUCGGGCGGCCCGUAGAUGAUCAGCCGGCAUUUGGUGUUGGCAUGCUAGUCAACGUGACGCAGCAAGACAUCAUGGAUCCGACCUUACUGGAGCACACACCUGAGGCCCCGUUUCAGCUGAACACGGCCAUCUGUUUCUCCACGGGCAUGGCUUGCUGCAGCCUGUCCCAGUGCCUGAUGGUCAGUGGAAAACCUGGCGCUUGCGGCGAUGGCGGCCAAACGACGCCGUGGCCAGAAGAAGCUGCUUUCCAAUUUCAAAAUGGCGGCAACGUAAGCAUGGAGUACUGCUUUGAGCACGAUUUCCUCAUCAUAUCUCACAGCAAUCAGGAUGUGAAGUGUAUCAUUGAUCUGGUUUCACGUACCAUGCAACUAGUCCCGAGCACUGCAGACAAUGCGCAGUACUUCAUGAUCACUCCUGAUAGAGAACGCCUCCAGUCGAAGGUCGGCUACAAGUACGGCCGGGGCAGUCGCGGGUCAAUGGCUAUGCAGAGCUAUGGGUGCAUACUCUCCGUGCUACCCGUCGUAUGGGUGGCAGCUGAUUGUGUCUGUGAUGUGCACCUAGACUUCUCACUGCCACAGGAAAGUGAGGGGAAAGGCACGUGAGCCGACGACAAGCCAGGUCAUCACGGCUCUCAACCGCACCUCGCGGACUGAGAUCCAAUGAUCAAACCUUUGCAAGCAUCAUGGUGAUGCAUAUGAGAAGGCCGCAGUGGUGGAGACUGGACUGGAGAUAUCCUGUAUAUAGAGGCCCGCUGGAUUGAGUGGACCGCUACUAUGAUCAGUGGCCGGGGUUGAAUUGUGUCGGCCAGCCACUCAGGUUUGCUUUGCCGUCUAGAACGUUUGCUACGGUAGCUCCCCGAGUAUGUUUGCUCUCAGUGACUCAAUUGAACUCUUGCAUGCAUAGUGCCGCAAGCACCACUGUGAUUACCUGCCUGCUGUCACGGUAACCCGGCAGUACGUGCCAGAGUGGAUAAUACUAGCAUUUGCACUCAUGGCCUUUUGCCAGCGUCAGGCCUGCACUCAGCGGAUAUCGUGACUCGGGCGUUUCUCAGUGUUGACUGUUCGUUCUAUUUGCCUAUUGUGUGAGUUGUGUCAAUAAUAAUAAUCAAAGUAGACUGGCCAUUUUGCCAAGGUACAUUGUUGAACUGAUCUCGUGACCUGAUGAUAUUUGGAAGCAUCGCUGUACUUUGGUGCAUGUGGAAAGAAUUUUUAAAAGAAACAUAAUCGUAUGAUGCUACAUCAACAAUCAUGAUCCUGCUUGUGAUGCUACAUCAACAAUCAUGAUCCUGCUUCCCUGACUUCAAAGUGUCACUGACUUGUCAAGUCCCGGGUCUUGUCAUGGGCAUAUCAAGACUCAGCGGCCGGGAAAAGUAAAAUGCAUUUUAAAGCCGUGUUCUCGGCCCCGGCACCGUUCACUACACAAUGCCGGAUUUCGUGGUUUUGUUGGUCAGCCGGGGGAGAUUGUGGAGGCCCAAACGAACCGGCCCACCACGACAUAAUCAUAAUGAUCUACAAUGAUUACGCGCACACUUGUACAUUGUAUCCGGUGUAGCGCGAAUGUGCGAACUUUACUUUACUCCA